AUGUCGGUGAUCACUCGUCCUCUCGGCGGCUCCCGUGUCUCCGCCAUUGGCUACGGCGCCAUGGGCAUCUCUAGCUUCUAUGGACCUGUUCUGGUGGAUGAGCUACGGAUGAAGGCACGGCUUGCACUCAAUGCUGUCUACGAGUCAGGGUGCACACACUGGGACACCGCGGAUGUCUACGGAGACAGCGAAGAGCUUAUCGGCAAAUGGCUCAAGAAGACCGGCAAAAGAAACGACAUUUUCCUGGUCACCAAGUUCGGCAUGACGAUGAACCGCGAGCCAGGCGGUCGAGCUGUGAACGGAGAGCCGUCCUACGCCGCUGCAGCAAUUGAUAGGUCUCUGAAGAGGCUUGGUGUCGACUUCGUCGAUCUGUGGUAUCUUCACCGCGCUGAUCCCAAAGUUCCUAUAGAGAUUACCGUCCGCACGAUGGCGGAGCAAGUGAAGGCUGGCAAGGUCAAACACAUCGGCUUGUCCGAAGUCUCGGCCACGACGCUGCGCCGCGCGCACGCCGUGCACCCGAUCACCGCAGUCCAGGUCGAGUACUCGCCCUUCUCGCUCGACAUCGAGCACAACGGUGUGCUCGCGACCGCGCGCGAGCUCGGCGUCAAGAUCGUCGCGUACUCCCCCGUCGGCCGCGGCCUGCUCACGGGCAAGAUCCGGUCGCCCGACGACCUCGACCCGACCGACAUGCGCCGGCUCCUCCCGCGCUUUGCGCCCGCCAACUUCCCCAAGGUCCUCGCCGUCGUCGACGGCAUCCAGGCGAUCGCGGACGCGCACGGCGCGACGCCCGGCCAGGUCGCCCUCGCCUGGGUCCUCGCCCAGGGCGACGACUUCCUGCCCAUCCCCGGCUCUACCAAGCCCACGAACAUCCACGAGAACAUGGCCACCGCGGCGCUGCAGCUCUCGCGGGAGGAGGUCACCGCGAUUCGCACGCUCGCGGAGGGCGCGGACCUCGGGGAGCGCUACCCCGCCGCGUACGCGCACCUGAUCAACGCGGAGACCCCCGCGCUCGAUGAGGAGUAA